UACAUUGUCCGCCCCCUUGUUUGCUGCACUCAACUUCCUGCCCCACCAGAGGAAGUGGGGAGAGACAGCAGGUGCGGCAACAGCUAGCGGGGCCAUGGAUAAGGAGUACGUGGGUUUUGCAGCCCUCCCCAACCAGCUGCACCGCAAGUCCAUCAAGAAGGGGUUUGACUUCACACUCAUGGUGGCAGGGGAGUCAGGUCUGGGGAAAUCCACGCUCAUCAACAGUCUGUUUCUCACCAACCUCUAUGAGGAUCGGCAACUGCCAGAGGCCGGUGCUCGCUUGACACAAACGCUGACUAUUGAGCGUCGGGGUGUGGAGAUCGAAGAGGGGGGUAUUAAGGUGAAGCUGACUCUGGUGGACACGCCUGGCUUUGGGGACUCAGUGGAUUGCUCAGACUGCUGGCUGCCUGUGGUACAAUUCAUUGAGGAACAAUUCGAGCAGUAUCUUAGGGAUGAGAGUGGCCUGAACCGGAAGAACAUCCAGGAUUCCCGUGUCCACUGCUGCCUCUACUUCAUCUCACCCUUUGGCCGGGGGCUCCGGCCUCUAGAUGUGGCCUUUCUCCGGGCGGUGCACGAGAAGGUCAAUAUCAUCCCAGUCAUUGGCAAAGCAGAUGCCCUGAUGCCUAGGGAAACCCAGGCCCUCAAGCAGAAGAUCCGGGACCAGCUGAAGGAGGAGGAGAUCAACAUCUACCAGUUCCCUGAUUGUGAUUCUGAUGAGGAUGAAGACUUCAAGAGGCAGGAUGCAGAGAUGAAGGAAAGCAUCCCUUUCGCAGUUGUUGGUUCAUGUGAGGUAGUGAGGGACAGCGGGACCCGACCAGUGAGGGGACGCCAGUACCCUUGGGGUACCGUGGAAGUGGAGAAUCCACAUCACUGCGAUUUCCUGAACCUACGACGGAUGCUGGUGCAGACACACCUGCAGGACCUGAAGGAAGUGACACACGAUCUGCUUUACGAGGGCUACCGGGCCCGCUGCCUACAGAGCCUGGCCCGACCUGGGUCGCGCGAUCGAGCCGGCCGUAGUAAGCUUUCACGCCGAAGCGCCACAGAGAUCCCGCUGCCCAUGCUGCCUCUGGCUGAGACAGAGAAGUUAAUCCGCGAGAAAGACGAAGAGCUGCGUCGCAUGCAAGAGAUGCUGGAGAAGAUGCAGGCCCAGAUGCAGCAGAGCCACGCUCAGGGCGAGCAGCCGGACGCUCUCUGA